AUGAUAACUGGAUUUUGUCUACAAGGGUUGUUAGAUGAAGCUAAAGAUAUUUUAAGAAAAAUGGAAGAAAACGGUUGUUUACCAAACAAUGUCACUUACAAUGUUAUUGUGCAAGGAUUUCUCAGGUGCGGCAAAAUUAGUGAAUUGGCAACUUUCAUGAAGGAAAUGGCUGGAAAGGGCUUUUCAUUUGAUGCAACUACAGCUGAGUUUUUGGUAGACGUUAUAAGCGAAAAUCCUCCCGUCCUUGACAUGAUACCAGAGCUUCACUCGAAAGAUAAGAAGUCACACAAGAGAAGUUCUUUUGAUAUUUUGCUGCUCCAAGGUUCCCCUUCUACAUCUCCAGAUAACUUUGACGAAAUUGUGCUAGAGGAGACGAAGGAUGUCUUGGUUGAAUUUUUUCCUCCAUGUUUUGUCAUAGUUGUCGUUAAGAAUAUUAGUUGUCUAUGGGAUAUUGAAUCCUGUGGAUACUAUCAGAUAGGACUGACAAUACAGACAAUCAUAGUACUGGGAAGAUCAUCCAAGUCAAUGGAAGUUAGGAGCUUUUUGACAGAAGAGAGCAGGCUCAUCACGGUCACACUAGAAACUAAAGUUCUGAAAGCGAUGCAAUUGAUAACAGCCCUUGACAUCCUUCAAUCACUUGCGACAAUUGGCUCAUUUCCUCCAUUUCAGUCAUUAGACCUUCUUUCCAAAGGUAUGUUCUGUUGUUGCACAAUGAUUAGUUGCAAAGCUGAAAAUCCUGGGAAAUUGCUCCUUGAGUGGUCUGUUCCAUAUCCAUCCGUCUUUGCUCGAAUAGGAUUUUUCUACCAUCUUGAAAUUUUUGUGAAUGUGCUCCAUGAGAAUUGUUAG